AUGGUAGCUUCGGCUAAAGCUGGUCCAUCGUUGCAUCUUCACGAGUACAGCAUCACCGACGGUACCGAUAAAGUGAAACAACGUAUUCAUAGUACAGAUCAAGUGACGAUAAACAUAGACGUUUUUUCGGAAGAUGGUAAAUCGAUGUAUUCGAAAGACGGUACUGCUGUCAAAAAAACGAAAGGUAUUAAGCAACAAAUAACUUCUGGAUCCGAAGGAGAAUGUCAAAAUGUUAUUUUCGUCGAGCCAAUUAUCGAUGGCUCCACUCCGACUGCAUUGGCUUUCAAAAAGCUCGAGCAAAGUGUAGAAAAUCUUGAGCAACGAUUUGAAGCAUUAGAAGAAUUGUCUACUAAUCCUGAAUUGGUUGAACGAUUGAAAGGCAAUAUCACAGAUCCUUUAGUAGACAUGUGGAAUAUUAUUAACAUGAACAAAAGACUCGAUGCAGCUGAGCAAGGAAUCGAUAAGCUCGCAUCGAUAGUCCAAGACGUAAUUAAAAGUGGAACGGAUCUUGAAAUUGUUGGCGAUCAAUUAAAGGCAUCGCGCGAUGAUAAAGAAAAAACCGAUGACGAUAACAAUAACGUAAACAUAGACAAUACUAUUAAUGAAACAAAUCAACAUACACUUGGCGAUGAAGAGACAACCGUGAUCGAUGCUCCAAAUGCAGAAAAUGUAGUUUCAGUCAUAUAUUCCGCAGAAUUCGAAUCAAAAAAGGCACCGACGAUAGCUGACAAACCAAAUGAUUCUAAACGAUUAGACGAAUUAAGAGAUCAAAAGAUUGAAAAGUGUUUCCAAAAUAUUGAGGCCGUUAAAACGACGAUUGACGUAGCUUUGACGAAAUUAGAAGAUCGCCUUCAUAAAUUAGAAACGAAAGAAAGAACGAUUGAUACGACAGCAAAGAUCGAUGACGAAUCGGCACCAACAUUGGCACCGGCCGAUGAUCACUCACCUGACGAGUUAGAUAAAAAAAAAAUUCAUGUAUGUUUGGAGUACCUUCAAGAUUUCCAAACGACAAUUGACAAUACAUUCAUCAAUAUGGAGGGUCGUCUUAAAAAAUUGGAGAAGGAUCACGAUGAGCUUACAGAAAAAUUGAAAAGCGUUGCGAUACCAAGCGAAACCGGUGAUAGUGAUCUAAACGAAUUGGUAUCAAAGAUACAAGAUAUUCAAGAGGAUAUGAGAAAAUUAAAUGAAACAGCUGAUCGUCUUAUGGGUGAUACGGAGGAUCGUGAAAUGAAUCUAAACGCGAUGUUAGAACAAAUAGAAUUGUUAAAAACGAUUAAAGCUGAUAAGGAAGAUCUCGAAGAUGCAUUGGCUGAUAAAGCUGACGCUUAUACAGUCAACAGAAAGGUUUCUCACGAUCAAUUUGAUGCUGCCUGCGAUGAUUUAACACGUGGAUUAGAGGAAGCUAUAAGUAAAUUAGGUAAACAGGAAUCGAUAUGGCAUCAAGCAUUGGAUGAAGUACAGAAAGAGAUCGAAGGGAAAGUAGAUAAGAUUGAGAUAACACCAUUGAGAGAGUUUGUCAAUAGUCGAUUAAAGUCGCUUCAAGAGAAAAUGAAACGUAUGGCUGAGAUGAGACGAGAAGCCGAAGCUGCUGGUACGAAAAAAUUACUCAGAGACGUCCAAUGUAUAUCAUGUGAUAAAGAGGUAGUUAUGAGAACGGAAGAAACUGGCAAAUUUGAGGCACCUACUAUGCCUUGCACGAUGAGUAUGAAACCUUAUCUAACUUACGAAUUGGAUCAAGUUAGAAAGCAGCAAAGAAGAUUGCCUCAUAGUAGGAACAUGAUUCAAUUCGAGGCAGCCGUAUUGGAGGAGACUAGAAAAAUGAAAAUAUCUAAGGAAGAAUCAUUUGCGAAAUCUCCCAGAGAUCAUCUUUGCAAUCGUUAUUGCGGUGGAAGUCAUACGAUUACAACUCCCCAGCAAAGGGUUAUGCGAAUGGGACAUUUUCUUACGCAAUGGGGUCCAGAGAGUAUACAAUUAACAGACGGUAUGAUAAAAGGAACCGACGGUAAGAUGUAUCGAAGUCGACCAUUGCCACCGAAAUACGAUGUCUGUGGCGGUAUAGUUCCAUGUCCUGCUAACGAAGUUAUUACGUCUCAGGAAACUUCAAGAGGUACUGGAAAUAUGUCUCAGCCUUGGCAAACUGCACGAAGUACAUCAAGUGCCAAAAAAGGUAAUUCUGGAAGAAUAUCGACGAGAAAGAAAGAUGUCUGUCCAGGUAUUUCUACGGAACAUGAACAAAACGUGUCGGAAUCAAAUCAGAUCAAUAAAGUUGCUCUCGAAGUGCAAUCUACGACCGAGGCAUAACUUUUGCAACGAGGCAAAACAUUUUGCAAACAUUUAAAAAAAAUACGUACUUAUUUAUCAUAUAAAAAAGAAGAAAAAAUAAAGAAAAUAAAUAAAAGUAAAAUAUGAAAUAAUUACAAUUGUUUGCACCUGGAUAAUGGCAACACCAUGAACAUCGUCGAUAAUGUAGCUUGCUAAGUGUCGAUAACUUUUACGUUCUUAUAUCUUAAUACAACCGUGUAACGUGUGUUGCAUAAGAUCAGGGAUAAUAAAAUAUAAUAUU